UGCCUUUUGCGCGGCCCGAUCCCACCUUAUCGUCACUCACCACCUCCACCACCAACCCCCAAAAGUUCUUCCGCUCCCGACGACCGCCAUGGCCGCUCAGAGCCUCCUCUUUGCCGCCGCUGCGCCUCUCUUCCAGGCUCCUGCCUCUGCCCGCCCUUUCCAGUCGCUCCGAAUUGUCUGCACCCCAGGAGGCGCCACCGCCGCCGCCAGGGCGCUCGUCGUCGCCGACGCCACCAAGAAGGCAGUCGCGGUGCUCAAGGGCACCUCGCAGGUCGAGGGCGUCGUCACGCUCACCCAGGAAGACGACGCAGGUCCUACGACGGUGAACGUUCGUAUCACUGGACUUGCUCCUGGACUUCAUGGCUUCCACCUCCAUGAGUUUGGUGACACGACUAAUGGAUGCAUAUCAACAGGUCCACAUUUUAACCCAAACGGCCUGACACAUGGUGCACCAGAAGAUGAAGUCCGUCAUGCGGGUGACCUGGGAAACAUUGUUGCCAAUGCUGAAGGGGUUCUGUCUUUUAAUUGUGGUGGUUUAGGUGUGGCGGAGACAACCAUUGUCGAUAGCCAGAUUCCUUUGACUGGCCCUAAUGCAGUUGUUGGGAGAGCGUUUGUUGUUCAUGAGCUUGAAGAUGACUUGGGAAAAGGUGGGCAUGAGCUCAGCCUCAGUACUGGAAAUGCUGGUGGAAGACUUGCAUGUGGUGUUGUUGGCCUGACCCCGUUGUAGGUCGCUGGUUUUGCAUCUCCAGUCAUACUGGUUUCCAUCUCUGGUUUUGCAUCUCCAGUCAUACUUGUAACGACGCCAUUCUCGUUUUACCUGGAUUUCAAAUAUCGGAUGCUUAAUAGUUUCUGUUGAUCGUUUGUAUCAGUGUAAAGUUGGGUUUAUCAAAUAAAUGUUUGCACACUUUCGUCUUGUUGAGCUAUGAAGCGUGAACUCGGGAAUUUUGGUGUGCGUAAGAAUUAUAUUUGUGGAUGUCCUUAUUUCCAAA